AUGUCAGGAAAAGGAAAUUGUAAGGUGAAAAGUAAGAGCAAAAGUAAGAAGUCUACUAGUACAAAGAAAAAAGUACAGCAACAAAAGGAGGUUGCUGUCGUGGAGUCAAACCACGACAGUGCUCAAGAACCUGACAUAACGAUAAAAGCUGAAGCUAUAGAAACACCUAAGCAGAAAGUAAUCAAGACCAACAAAAAAGGUGUUAAAAGGAAGACUGAGGAGCUCACUCCAGCGCAACCUGAUUUCACCGUUCAAAAGUCAGUAGUUCGAUCAACACAGAUAACUCAAAACUUCAGGCCCGUUUCUUCUCGGCACGGAUGCCUGCACCUUAAGGAAUACAAAGAGAAUAAUCCUUAUUAUCUUGUUAAUUAUGAAUCCCUUUGUGAUUUAUCAAUGUAUUGGCAAGAAAAUGGAAUGUCCACAUCACAUGAAAGCACUCGCAACGGUCACCAAAAGAGAAGGACAAGCGUUUCGGGCUGCUUGAGUUGCAAGGUUGCUGAUAGUCUACUUCUCGCAUGCCUGGAUUGUAUCUUUAUAGGUUGCUGGUACAAUCAAAAGCAUGCCCGAAAACAUUUUCAUAAAACAAAUCACACUUUCGCCGCACAUCUAGAAAGAUUACAUAUAUUCUGCUUUAAAUGCGAUGACUUCGUUUAUGAUUUUGAUUUUGAAAGAGCAAAAAUCCUAGCAGAAGUACGAAUAGCGGAAAAUUCAUCGAAUACCAGAGAACCAUGCAAAAAACGUGCUCGAUAUGUUUCAUGGCAACCUACGCCUGAAGAGAUUGACAAGAUUAUUAAAAAUUCGACACCCAUCCCUUGCUCCGGAUUGCGAGGUCUAUUUAACAUGGGCGCUACGUGUUUCAUGAAUGCAAUGUUACAGACAUUUCUAACCAAUCCUAUCGUCAAAACCUACUUCUUAUCCAACAAACACAACCGAGAGAUAUGUGACAAUAAAGGAUGCAUGUGUUGUGAAAUUGACAAUCUUGUUCAGGAAUUUCAUUCCGGCGAAAAGAAACCAUACCCGCCAUGCAACUUCCUUCAUGCUAUGUGGCUUAGCUCAAAGGAACUCGCUGGAUAUGCCGAACAGGAUGCACACGAAUUUUUCAUAGCUGCGAUUAGUAAGAUGCACAAAGAUUCCAAAGAAAAAUAUGAUGGUGAUCUCAAUAGUAUUGAUGUCAAAUGCGAGUGCAUCAUGCAUAAAACCUUCGGAGGUCAUUUUCAAACCCGAGUUAAAUGCAAAAAUUGUAAUUACGUAAAUAUAACACACGAACAUUCGAUCGAGUGGCAACUCCACCUUAGUGGUAAUGAAGUUGUCUCAAAGAAAAAGAAUGGACACUCCAAGGCAGCGGUCGGAAACAUCAACGGCAAUACUAAAGAAUAUAAAAAUUCCCUUUAUGACUGUCUUGAAAGAUGCACUGCGGAAGAACAACUCCCAGAGUUUAUAUGUGAUGACUGCCAUACGAAAGCAUGUAGUUCAAAACGAAUCAGCUGCAAGAAAUUGCCACCUGUUUUGGCCUUUAUUGUCGAACGCUUUCAAAAUCCAACCAUGAAAAACGAAGCGGAAUUCGAAUUUCCGGAAGAAAUCGACAUGGCCAGAUGGACAAGCCGAGCACAAGAGGUUCUUGUUGGAGGUGGAUCGUUGAAAGAUUUUCCGGAGUACAAGUAUAAGUUGAUCUCCGUUGUGAACCACGACGGAAAGAUAAACACUGGUCACUAUACUGCAUAUUGCAGAAGUAGAGGUCAGUGGUUCCAAUUUGAUGAUAAUACAGUAAAACUCGCGAGUGUAGAGGAGGUGUUGCAAAGUAAACGUAAAGCAUAUUUAUGCUUCUACAUGGCCGAUACAUUGGAAUAUGAACAACCUUAA